AUGUCACCAUACACCAACUUUUGUGCCUCUUUUGAUACAGUAGAGAUGAGGAUCACUCACUUCGUGGGUCUUUUCAACUUGAACAACAUCAAUGACGUGCGCCAGGCGAUUUCCGAGCUCAUCGGAGAACAUGUUUUUUCAGAGCUCCUUUGGGCGUCACUCUUUCACCCAACCAGCAAGUUGGUGGAUGGAAAAUGUAGUGUGAGGCUAGCAGAUUUCUUUCCUGAAGAAGUCUUUUCAGAUUUCAACUGUCUAGCCCAGAAACUGGUGGGCAAUUUGAUGAUGUUGCUCUACCAGUUGAUGGUCAUUACCUUGAAAGAAAGAGAAGCACUUGUGAUCAACUGUCGUGGACCAGAAGAAAUGAACGAGAUUAUUAUGUCAGCCCUAGACAAUAUGUACACCUAUCCAGACAGGUUCCCAAUAUUCACGGGAAGAGUGAAGGCUCUCCCUUUCAUAAAAGGGAGCAAUGUCCUGCCCAUCGCUCCCAAGUCAGGUCUUCCGAGAAUCAUGACAGAGGAGACAGGGAAGAGAUUUAGGAAUAUGAUGGACAUCUUGCCCAUUGAAACCCAGCCAAUUGGUGAUUUGUGCAUUGUUGUUCCAAACAGUGGGGGCUUUGGUUCCACCAAGUCUCUGAGACUUGUCUCGGAUGUACCCGCUUCAUUCUUCUCGACUCUUCCAGUCGCGUAG